UGAAACGUCCGGUCUUGGAGCCACCGAACCAUCUCAGUCAUCACUUAAUCUCAACCGUCCAUUCGAUCAUCUAACGGCUCUCAAUAGUCGAGGAGUAGUUACCCCUCUCUUCUCUCUGUGGUUUUUAUCAUAAACCCUAGAAGGUUCCUGCGCUUCGCAGCCCCCUUCUUUCUCUCCUUCUUGUUUCUCUCUCUAACACAAGAAAAAGACUCGAGACCUUCACAAACACACUCCGAUCUUCAAUCUUAAAGGCAUAAAGAUUCUGGAAACUGUUAGAUCGAGAAUCAUAGCGUCCCUGUUUCGAUUCCAAACACACAAGAUGAGAUCUUAGCUUCGAUUCUUCGAUUCUUUGAGGUUUCUCUCAGGUACUGUCUCUUCUUCGCGAUCGAUAUGUUCUUGAUACUCUUUUGCAUGUACUUUUAGAGAGAGAAACAGAGUUUGUAGAUAUCUGUAUUCUGUUCAGAUUACGAGACUCUGUACUGAACAAACUGGUUCUGAGACUGAGUCAGUCCGAGUCCGAGUUUGGCUGAGUCAGAGUCAGAGUCAGAGUCAGAGUCAGAGUCCGAGUCUGAGUCUGGCUGAGUCAGCGUCCGAGUUUGGAGGGAGGGAUUGUGAUUUAUUAUUAUUUAUUUUUCUCUAAGCGGAGAGAUUGUGAAUUGAUGUGAAAGUUGGUGACUCCGAGUUUGGUUAGAAGUACUGAAUUAAAGGGGAAGUUGGAGUUUUUGCAUGUGGUGAGCCAUCAGAGUGCGAAAGGGAGUACGAAUUGGUGACUGUGUGUGUGUUGGUCACGGCUAGAUUGGGUGGAGAGGACUGAACAAAGGGAAAGAUCGAGCCAGGGGUUUGUCUUUGUCAAAACCACGUGCCGAUGCCUUCGGUGGGGAUGAGAAGAACUACGAGGGUGUUCGGGGCGAGGGUUUUGAGGUCCGGUAGACGAUUGUGGUCGGCGGGGGCCGUUGAGGCUAAGCACAUGAGAGCUGCUGAUGGGGAUGAGUGGGCUGAAAUUCUUGAUAAUUCUGGAGACGGGGGUGAUGCAAGUCUGUGCAAGGAAAAUGGGUGGCAUGAUACUGGUUUUAAGCAUGAAGAAAUGGAUGUUGAUGAAAAAAUUGGAGAACCCAUCUCUGGAAAAAGUGCGCCGAAGGGUUCAGUAAAUAGUAAUUGUGUUAAUAGGAGGAGGUGGGGUUCUGUCUAUCAGAGAAAAAGGAAAACAACAGAUACAAAGAGUCCUGAACUUUCAGGUCCUUGUGAAAAGAAGAGGGCUUUGGGGAAUAGAAGGUAUGGGAAUCAAUUCACUCGGAAGCAGUGGAGAAAGAAAACAGAAGAGAGUCCUGUAGCUGAAACUAGUUAUUCAAAUGCGGAUCUUGUGGGACGAGCUGUUUUGCAAAGGCGUAAAUGUCGAGUUCUUGCUGCUUCUGUUGAAUGUUCUUAUAGUAGCAGUUGUUGGUUUGCUCGUUUUUUGAAUUUGGUUUUGAGAUACAUGAGGAAGACAAGGGUGACAGUGCCACAGCUUUUAGCUUUCAUGUUCUCUGAGCCACUUGCUCAAGUUUUCUCUUCACAUGGCAUUCAUUUUCUACAGGAUUCUCAAUCCAUUAAAAGCUCUGGAAGUUGCAAAAUUUUUGGGUCCAAGAGUUCUAUACCAUUGUUUACUGUGGACUUCUCUGCAGUUCCGUCCUGCUUCAUGUAUUUACAUUCAAGUAUGCUUCUUAGAUAUCUGUGUCUGCCCUAUACUCUUGUAAAUCAUUCAAUGGUUAUAGACACAAAGGACGACGGAAUGGAGCUCGAUGAAGUCCCUCUUUCAUGCAUUCCUUCUGAGAGAGAUCUAUGCGGAAGCAAAACCAUAGCAUCUGGCAAUGAUAAUUCUGGGAAGAGGAGGGUGUUGCAGUCAACUGUUGGAGCACCUAAAUUAGCUAGUAGAACUGUUCAGUCAAGGAAUGGCGUUAAUUCUCGCAGUAUCCAGAAGAGGAGAAGUUCUCUGAGAUCGAGGAGAAAGAGAAAUCCAUCACUGUUAGGCAUGCGCAGAGCUGAUGGAGCUUUACUUUCUGAUAUUUUUAGUUUUAGGCGUGAUGGCAUUCCAUUGUCUCCUGUAACAUCUGUCCGUGAACUUAGGAGUUCAUCCUACAGGAGUUCCACGGCAAACAUCAAAGAAGUGAAUUCAACCUUGGCUGGAUUGACACAAGACAUAGAUUCAGCCUGUUGUUCUGCAAACAUACUGGUUAUUGAAUCCGACAAGUGUCAUCGGGAAGAAGGUGCUACAAUUACAUUAGAAACUUCUACUACAAAACAAUGGUAUCUUGCUGUCAAGAGAGAGGGGAUAAUGAGAUACAGCCUCAUGGCACAAAAAAUUAUGAGACCCUCUAGCUGCAACCGUGUCACCCAUGACAUAAUAUGGACAGAGGACAAUAAUAGUUGGAAGCUAGAGUUUCCCAAUAGGCAAGACUGGUUUAUUUUCAAGGAGCUUUACCGUGAAUGUUCUGGGCGCAAUGUGCAAGCCUCGACGAAUAAGACCACAAUCCCUGUGCCUGGAGUACAGGAAGUAUUUGGGUAUUCAGGAGUCCAUUCUAUUAUAUUUGUACGACCAGAUUCAUACAUCCGUUUUAAAAAUGAUGAGGUGUCAAGAGCACUGGCAAAACGGACUGCAAAUUAUGACAUGGAUUCUGAAGACGAGGAGUGGCUGAACAAAUUUAAUAUGCAGUCCUCUGCCGAGAAUGAGCUGAAUGAGCAUGUCUCAGAGGAGAACUUUGAGUUAAUAAUUGAUGCUUUUGAGAAAGCUUUCUAUUGUAGUCCAGAUGAUUUUCCCGAUGAGAAAGCAGCUGACAAACUUUGUCUGGGCCUGGAAAGGAGAGAAGUUAUAGAAGCUGUGUAUAGUUAUUGGAUGAGAAAAAGAAGACAGAGACGAACGGCAUUGGUUAAGAUUUUCCAGUGUUAUCAGCCUAGGAGACCUCGACUAAAUCCCAACUCUGUUCUCCGUAAGAAAAGGUCUUUCAAACGACAAGCGAGCCAAUCAAGAAAAGGCAAACAACGGACUUUUUUGCAAGCCUUGGCAGUCGAACAAGAUAUCUUCGAUGAACAGAGCUCCCUGCUUAAAGUUGAAGAAGCCAAAGCUGCAGCAAGUAGAUCUGAGGGGUUGGCUGUUCUCAAGCGUCAAAAAGCCCAGGUGCUGAUGGAGAACGCAGAUUUGGCAACAUACAAAGCUACAAUGGCACUUAGAAUUGCUGAAGCAGCUCAAGUUGCAGAAUCAGUAGAUUCCACCGCCUCUUUUUUUCUCGAUUAACGGGGUUAAUAGGGUAUCUUUGUUGCUAAUUCAAAUGGCCAAUUUUUAGACUGCAGGAGAGAUGACAGCGUCAUGGCUGUUUUUUAAGCCUUUUUGGGUGGUCAGCCUUUGAAGAAAGUGAUGUAAUUCCGUAUAUAUUUGAUUGAAUGUACAUUUUGUAUUAUUGGUAUUUAACCUUACAACCAAAUAUGUACAAGGAGAUUUGCUUGAUUUCUUCAAACAGAGAAAAGCAAAAAAAAAAAAAAAAAAAAAAAAAAAUUCCCAAAAUUCUAACCUAACCUUUUUUGUACAUAAUAUCUGUAACAUGACUAUAAAACUUGGAGAGCAUGGUAUGUGCUUGUUUUUUUAAUGUGUUUUUUGAAGGGUUCAUUUUUUAAA